UCGAGAUUCAGGGGAGGAUGGGUAGUGGAGAUCAGGGGAAGGGAGUGAGGAUUUUCAUUCAUAAAGAGCUCUUUUAUUCUCACGAUCGCGUCCAAAUUCUCCACCGCUCUCUUCAUCGAGAAGCUAGAGAACAAUCCAAGAAUCCAUCACACAUGGCGGCCAGCAACGGCGGCGCGCUCACCUUGGUGGAUCUGGCGCCGUUCUUCGCCGUGGGAGACGCCGACGACGCGGGCGCGCGCGCCCGCGCCACCGAGGCCGUGCGCGAGGCGUGCCAGGCCACCGGGUUCUUCCGCGCGGUGAACCACGCCGUGCCGCGGGAGCUCAUGGCGCGCGCGCUCGACCUGUCGGCGGCGUUCUUCGCGCUCCCGGACGAGGAGAAGGCCAAGGUGCGGCCCGCCGAGGGCGCCUCCGCCUCGCCGCUCCCGGUGGGGUACGCGCGGCAGCCGGCGCACUCCGCCGACAAGAACGAGUACCUCCUCCUCUUCAACCCCAAGCUCGGGCUCAACCACUACCCCGCCCAGCCGGCCGGAUUCAGGGAUGCGCUGGAGGAGUGCUACGCCAAGCUCACCGAGCUGGGGCUGCUCAUCCAGGACAUCCUGAACGAGUGCAUGGGCCUGCCGCCGGGCUUCCUCGCGGGGUACAACGCCGACCGCGGCUUCGACUUCCUCACCGCGCUUCGCUACUUCCCGGCGACAACCGACGAGAACAACGGCAUCAGCGCGCACGAGGACGGCAACUGCAUCACCUUCGUCCUGCAGGACGGCGUCGGGGGCCUGGAGGUGCUCGGGGAAGACGGCAGCUGGGUCCCCGCAGAGCCCGUGGAGGGCAGCAUCGUCGUCAACGUGGGCGAUGUUUUGCAGGUGCUCAGCAACAAGAAGUUCAAGAGCGCCACGCACAGGGUGGUGAGGAGGCCGGGGGCGCACCGCCACUCCAUCGCCUUCUUCCUCAACCUCCACGGCGACAAGUGGGUCGAGCCGCUGCCGGAGUUCGCGGGCGACGCCGGCGAGCCGCCGCGGUACAGGGGGUUCCGAUACAACGAGUACAUGCAGCUGAGGAUGAGGAACAAGACCCACCCGCCGUCCAGGCCCGAGGACGUCGUCCACAUCACCCAUUACGAGAUCUAGCUUCCAUGGUCCAUUGGUACUCUGUACUGUGCCUUUUUUUCUGUUCUCAAAUUUCAGUUCGUCUGUGGUGUGAACAGUAGCCUGGGGUUAUUUUUGCACUCCCUUCAGUCGAAUGUGGUCAGAACCAUUGGAUUGUAAUCCAAAGCUUUAGAGCAUC